CGGCUAUACACUACCUGAUACUGAAUGUGUCUGGACUUCGGGCUGUUGGUGAGUUCGUAAACCCGCUGCGGAGAGACGAGAGCCCGAGCACCGCGACGUGUGAAGCCAAUUCAUUAACUUGUUCCGCGCCGUUUUGGUUGGCCUGCGGCGGGACACAAAUGCCCGGGCAGCUUUGCACCAAUUUCCAAGAGCUUGCCGCAGCGAAGCCAAAAAGUGCUAGGUUCCCUUGAAGCCAUUCUCCCGUCGACCUUUUGAGAGGUCAGAGGAAUAGGAACCCCAACCCCUCGGCUGACCACAACCGCGCGCUUUCCCUUGUUUGGAAUCCCAUCCCGACUCUGAUUGACUCUUGACUCUGUCGCAAUGGCCUCCUUCAUCGAUAUCGCCAUCAUCGGAGGCGGUCCUGCCGGCCUGACCGCGGCGGCGACCGUUGCCCGCCAGCUCCAUACCGCUGUCGUCUUCGACAAUCACCGCUACCGGAACGCCAGGUCCAGCCACAUGCACAUGGUGCCCACGUGGGACCACAAGGAUCCCAAGGACUUCCGCGCCGCUAUCAAGCGCGACAUUCUGGACCGUUAUUCCACCAUCCAGUUUGCCGACGUCGGCGUUGCGAAGAUUGAGAAGAAAAGCGAUUCGCACUUUCACGUCGUUGAUGAGUCUGGCAAGGAAUACGACUUCCACAAGGUCAUCUUGGCCGUAGGCGCAGCCGACUCCUAUCCCGACAUCGAGGGAUACCAGGACGCCUGGGCACGCCGCAUCUUCCACUGUCUCUUCUGCUUCGGCUACGAGGACCGGGGCGCCAAGUCCACCGGCGUGCUCGUCGUGCCCCCCAUCAACCCUGGCAUGGGCCUCUACAUGGGUGGCAACGCCGCACAGCUCAGUGAAGCAGUCACUCUCUACACCCACGGCAACGAGGAGUUCACGGCGCAGGUCACCCAAGUCGCCGCGACCGCCAAGGCCAAGUUCACGGUCGAGCCGCGCCCGAUCAAGCGGUUCAUCAACAACGGCGACUCGAUCACGGUCGAGUUCACCGACGGCUCCACCAGGGAGGAGACCUUCAUCGUGCACAACCCCAAGACGAGCGCCCAGGGCCCCUUCGUCGAGCAGCUCGGCCUCGCUCUCACGCCGACGGGCGAGAUCCAGACCACCCCGCCCUUCUUCCAGACCAGCGUCCGCGGCGUGUUUGCCGCCGGCGACAUCGUGACUCCGUACAAGGCCGCGAACGCCGCCAUCGCCAGCGGGUGCAACUCGGCGGUUGCCUGCAUCGCCCAGCUGCAGGGUGAGAAGUACGGCCUUCCGGCGAUGCUCUGAUCUCGCUCUCCAGGAGUGGAUAUUGCGGUGCCGCUCCUCAUGCCUGUCAUGUAUCGUAUUGCUAGACUAGGUA